GCAUCGGGACGGCACCAUGGUGAACGUCCCGAAGACCCGCAGGACUUACUGCAAGAGGUGCAAGAAGCACCAGCCCCAUAAAGUUACCCAGUACAAGAAGGGAAAGGAUUCCCUCUAUGCACAGGGUAAGAGGAGAUACGACAGAAAGCAAAGCGGCUAUGGGGGCCAGACCAAGCCCAUCUUCAGGAAAAAGGCCAAGACCACAAAGAAGAUUGUCCUGAGGCUUGAGUGUGUGGAGCCCAACUGCCGAUCCAAGAGAAUGCUGGCCAUCAAGAGAUGCAAGCACUUCGAGUUGGGAGGUGACAAGAAGAGAAAGGGCCAGGUCAUCCAGUUCUAAACUGUGGGUCAGUUUCAUGGAGGAAGUUGUCACUAUUUUCAAUAAAUGUAUUAAAACAUA